GCCACAUUCAUAAUGCCUAGGGUGGCAAAGUAGUGCUACAAGAAAUUCAAUGACCAGACCAUGGAAGAUGGAAUACUUAGUACUCCUUUCUUCGUUGUCCAUUGUGAAUACUACCCUCAGGCAUUUCUGGUUGAUUGGUGGCCAUCCAAUGAGACCCUAUGGAAGGAUGCAGACAAGUAGCUCCUUGCUCAGAUAACUGCAAGCCAAGUUUUUCAUUUUGGCUUUGUAGGGUAAGGUGGUGCAUAAUACGUAGAGAAGGGCAAGGGGAGGCAGGGAAGAGUCCCAAUCCUUUGCUCUCUGACCCUCCAUGAGAAGAAGAGGUGGUGCCAUUGUGUUUCUACACCACUGGCCAUGUUGGGGGAGAGAGUCCAGAGCCAGGCAAGCCGCAUUUGAGAUAACCGCGCGCUACUGUUCAAAGGAAAUGGAGGACUAUGGACAGUGUGUCGCCUCCAACCCGGCCUCGUGGCAGAAGGACUGUCACCAGCUGAAAACCAGCGUUGCACAGUGCACAUCAUCACAGGGCGGCUGUACAGCAAAGCAUGUGAGGGCGCAACAGGCUUGGGAUCAUCACCGCCACAGAUUCACUUGUAGGCAGCCGCCCUUAUCAAGAACCUGCCGGAGAUGGAUGAUGUGUAACCUGACCAGCUGUCAACAUUGGAAGCAGAAGCAAAUGGCUGUAGAACAGCUUGUUUAAAAUAAUUACAUUCGGAAUGGUGAAGAGUUUAAGAUGAAGCUUGUUCAUAAAGGGAGCAGCUAUAUAGGCCUACAGCUUUAAGAAGUCAUAGCUGCUUAAAGAGGAACUUGUAAGAGGUAUUGCCAUGAAAAUCCUAAAUUUUCUCAGGGAAAGUAGCGGGGGGUGGGUGGGCAACCAUGUACUGUCUGGUGUCUUUGAUCUCGCGUUUUAUUCUCCAGAACAGAUUGGAGUCGAUAUUUUACAUAGAAUCCCCUCUCUGGUUCCCUGUGACUGGAGAUAUAUAGCUGCGGACAGCACAGAACUUGUCACAUUACUGAAGAGGACCAAGUUGUGAUAGGAAAUCUUUGGGUUAUUGUAACGUGAAAGUCCUUGAAAGGAGAUGUUUGAGAGAGGACAUCGUGGAAAUAGGUUACAGUGAACAGCCAGACUCCAGACCAUCAUUUUUUUCUCCUCUGUCUGACCCUUUGUGACACUACGGCAACACUUCUAUUCCCUACCAGCUAGCUCCUGAAGAAUCUCAUUGAUGCGUAUUAUUCCUAUUUAGGAUUGCCUCCCUUUCGCUAAGAAAUACAUUCCCAGUGCUUUCGAUGAAACCUGAUUUGAAUUUGGUAGAGGUGUUUUGUGUUUCACUCAACAAAGGACUGCUGUAUUUUUGAGAAUCCUGAAAUGGUAGCUGAGUGUAAAAGCCUGAGUGGGAGAUGUACGUGGUUUUGAAACUAAUUCCUUGUAACUUGGGCAGUUUUUGGAGCCUGUACAUUAUCACCGUUUAUUGAAGUUAGCUCAAACAGCUUGCAGUUCCCUUGGUGUUUGGUCUUUUUAAAUGUGAUUUUUUUUAAAUAAAGAAUUUGUAUUUAUUU